UCCUUGCUUGUUUUAUUCAUAAAUGUGGGAACACAGAAGAAGGACGCUUCCCCAGUACCCUGGUGGUUUAAACCCGGGGAAGAAACGUGUAAUGCCAGAGCCGAGAUCUGCCGUCUCCAGUUGGAAAAGCACAUGAGAAACUGUUCUGAAGCCACCGGACUCAUCAGAAGAUCCCAGACGAGCCUUGGGUGAGGACUGUGAUCUCCUGCACUGAUCCCUCCCUUAAGACGCUGCACUCGCGCGUCACAGCAGCUCCAGACCCCGUGAAGACCAGCGCGGCCCAGGAACCGCGGCUCUUGCAAAACUCACAGAUAUUUCUUUAAAAACAAAACUCUAACCUGAGGUUUACGGUGCAUUUUUACCUUCAAAGGGGAAGAGAAAGACACUGUCACCCAGGAAUCCAGCUCUGGAGAAUCGAGGAAAAUUCUUCCCAGGAUGGUCUCCCAUUCCGAGCUGAGGGAACUCAUCCGCUCGGCAGACGCAGUGUGCUUUGACGUCGACAGCACAGUCAUCCGAGAGGAAGGGAUUGAUGAGCUGGCCAAAUUCUGUGGUGUGGAGGCGGCUGUGUCUGAAAUGACUCGGAAAGCCAUGGGAGGAGCAUUGCCUUUCAAAGACGCGCUCACUGAACGCCUGGCACUGAUCCAGCCCUCCAGGGAGCAGGUGCAAAGGCUCCUAGCUGAGCACCCCCCACACCUGACCCCCGGGAUAAGGGAGCUGGUCAGUCGCCUGCAGGAGCGCCGUGUGCAGGUGUUCCUCAUAUCCGGCGGCUUUCGGAGCAUCGUGGAGCACGUCGCCGCCAAGCUCAACAUCCCAACAGCCAACGUAUUUGCCAACAGGCUGAAAUUCUACUUCAAUGGUGAAUACGCAGGCUUUGAUGAGAUGCAGCCAACAGCCGAGUCUGGUGGGAAAGGAAAGGUUAUUCGAUUUUUAAAGGAAAAAUUCCACUUUAAGAAAAUAAUCAUGAUUGGAGAUGGAGCUACAGACAUGGAAGCCUGCCCUCCCGCCGAUGCUUUCAUUGGGUUUGGAGGAAAUGUGAUCAGGCAACAGGUCAAGAGCAACGCCAAGUGGUACAUCACUGACUUUGUGGAGCUCUUGGGAGGACUGGAAGAAUAGUCUCAACUUCCUGCCCACUCAGCACAACUCCAGUCUCUCAGAGCUACAGGCAGGCUCCCGGUACAGUCCAGGAGGUAGCUAGUUUUGUCUACUGCAGUUCCAAUAUUAAUAUGACUACUAAUUACCUGGAGAGUUUUAUACUCUGAAUUCUUUGUGAAUAUUCCUACCUGUAUUUUACCUGGAGCUUUCUGAGGUGCGUGGUAAAUUAAAUGCUUUUACUCUUA